CUGAACGGCGCCGACGGCAAGUACUUCGUCCACAUCGACCCGAUCGUUCUCGCUCGUCGUGGACUCAUCUGUUCCAUCUAUCAAGAGCUUCAGUACAUGCCAUCUGAGGGAUCGAGCACCCAAGUGACAACUACUGCCUACCAUGCCCACAUCAUGAUUUAA